GCAGGAGUGGGAACACAGUAUGAUUGAUGCCACAAAUGUAUUCGUUAGUUUGUCUAUUGUUUGUUUGUUUGUUUGUUUAUUUAUUUGCAGAGCUGAUGGUGUCUGUGACCCCCGAUAAUGUCACCGAGGGACAGAAUGCCACUUUGACCUGCAGGUCAUCUUGUCCCCUCCGUCAGAAUGCCAAACUUGUCUGGUACAAGAACUCCCAGCCGCUGCCUAAGAAAAACUCCACCAUCAACAACACGCUGUACCUAGACCCAGUCAGCAGUGAGGAUGCAGGCAGCUACUCCUGUGGGGUGGAUGGCUACGAGGACGAUCUCUCCCCAGCAGUGACUCUCAGUGUCAGAUAUGCACCAAAGGCUCCCUUUGUCUCAGUCAGUCCCUCUGGUCGUAUAGUGGAGGGCGGUUCACUGACUCUGAUCUGCAAUAGUGAAGCCCACCCACCGGUGUAUUAUCACUCCUGGUUUAAGAAGACUGCAACUGGAUCUGUACAGAUAGGAUCAGACAAGAAUCACAAAUUCAGUGACAUCAUGUUGGAGGACAGUGGACGUUACUACUGCGUCGCAAAGAAUGAACUUGGCGAAGAAAGCUCCAGCAUGAUGUACAUAGAAGUUACCGCUGAAUAUGAAUUCAGUGUGAUGGAGGCGGUGGAUAUUGAAUAUGAAAUUAAGAAGUUUGUGUUCUUUUCAGAAAAAAAGUUUAAUGACAAAUGA